AUGAUAAGGUUAACAUCAGCGAGGGCGCUCAGAAGAUCCAGGCCUGGAGAUCUGAGCCACUCGAAAAGACCUUUGCGGGCAAAGGCCUCGGUCAGGGCUCUGACCGAGUUGAUGGAUAAGAACAAGACCACGUUGGAUCAAACCCUGAAGAUCGGGCAGGAGGAAAAGGUUGGAAACAUCGGGACGGUUGUUACCAAAGAAGAGUUGGCUGAGGUGAUCCAGGCCUGGAGAACAAAGCCACUCAGGAAAGACCUUUGCAGGGCAAAGGCCUCGAAAGUUAACAUCAGCGAGGCGCUCAGAAGAUCCAGGCCUGGAGAUCUGAGACACUCGAGAAAGACCUUUGCGGGCAAAGGCCUCGGUCCCGUUCAGACCGAGUUGAUGGAGAACAACAAGAUCACGUUUGAUAAAAUUCUGAACCUCGAGCGGUUAGAAAUAAAACGGCUUACUGUUGAAAAUGAAAAAUUGAGAAAAACACCAGCCCUGAAGAACACCAGCGACCAGGAGACUCUCAACAUUUAUCAUCAGAAAACAGAAAAGCUGAAGAAAGACCUUUGGAAGUGGAAGCAGAGAGUUACGGCUGUGAAUGAUGAAAAGACUUCCCUUCAAAGUGAGCUCCACACAGCCCAGGUUAACAUCAAAGACCUGCUGGAGACCAACGCUUCUCUCAAGGAGACAGUGAACCGGAUGCCUCUCGGUCGAAAGGCACCGGCCAACACCCAGGUGGUGUUGGAGGAGGAGAACACCUUCCUCAAAACUGAGUUGAAAGAAGCCAAGCUCCAGCACAGAAGAUAUGCCAAGAUCAUCGCUGAUAUGACUCAGCAGUCUACUGAUUGGAUCCUGGAGGUACAGGAUGCGACAAAGGACCUGGAGAAUGAGAGGAUCACCCUCCGAAGAGAUCUCCACACAGCCCAAGUUAACAUCAAAGACCUGCUGGCGACCAACGCUUCUCUCGAUGUGGCAGUUAACCGGGUGCCUCUCGAUCAAAAGGCACCGGACAACACCCAGGUGGUGUUGGAGGAGAAGAACACCUUCCUCAAAACUGAGCUCCACACAGCCCAGCUCAAGAUCAAAGACCUGCUGGCGACCAACGCUUCUCUCAAUGUGGCAGUUAACUGGAUGGCUCUCGAUGUAAAGGCACCGGACAACACCCAGGUGGUGUUGGAGGAGAAGACUUCCCUCCAAAGUGAGCUCCACACGGCCCAACACCAGAUCAAAGAGCAGCAGGAUGAAGCCAACGCACUGGCUGAAUCCCUUUGCAGGUGGAAGCAGAGAGUUACUGGUGUGACUCAAGAAAAGACUUCCCUCCAAACUGCGCUCCACACGGCCCAACACAAGAUCAAAGACCAGCUGGCGUUGGAGAAGCAGAAGACUUCCCUCCAAAGUGAGCUCCACACGGCCCAGCUCAAGAUCAAAGAGCAGCAGGAUGAAGCCAACUCACUGGCUGAAUCCCUUUGCAGUUGGAAGCAGAUAGUUACUGCUGUGACUCAAGAAAAGACUUCCCUGGAAAGAGAGCUCCACACAGCCCAACACCAGAUCAAAGCCCAGCUGGCGUUGGAGGAGCAGAACACUUCCCUCCAAAGUGAGCUCCACACAGCCCAACACCAGCUCAAAGCCCAGCUGGCGUUGGAGGAGCAGAACACUUCCCUCCAAAGUGAGCUCCACACGGCCCAGCUCAAGAUCAAAGAGCAGCAGGAUGAAGCCAACGCACUGGCUGAAUCCCUUUGCAGGUGGAAGCAGAGAGUUACUGGUGUGACUCAAGAAAAGACUUCCCUGGAAAGAGAGCUCCACACAGCCCAACACCAGAUCAAAGCCCAGCUGGCGUUGGAGGAGCAGAACACUUCCCUCCAAAGUGAGCUCCACACGGCCCAGCUCAAGAUCAAAGAGCAGCUGGAGUCCAUAGCUGCUCUGAAUGAGAAGGUACAACAACAUCCGCUCAAUCAAGAGGCAGCCAAGGACCAGGAGACUCUCAAAAUCUACCAGCAGAAAACAGAGAAGCUCAAGAAAGACCUGUGGAAGUGGAAGCAGAGAGUUGCUUCCCUUCAAGGUGAGCUCCACACUGCCCAGGUUACCAUCAAAGACCUGAUGGAGACCAACGCUUCUCUCAAUGUGGCAGUGAACCGAGUGCCUCUCGAUCAAAAGGCACCGGACAACACCCAGCUGGUUUUGGAGCAGGAGAACAUCGCCCUCAAAACAGAGCUGCAAGAAGCCAAGGUCAAAUAUGCAAGGACCAUCGCAUAUAUGACCGAGGAUUCUUCUGUUCAGCUCCGUGAGGUACAGGCUGCGGCCCAGGACCUGGAGAAGGAGAGGAACAACCUCCGCCAAGAUCUCCACGGGGCCCAGGUCAACAACAAAGAGCUGCUGGAGACCAUAGCAGCUCUUAGUGAGAUGGUGAAACAACAUCCGCUCAACUUAGAGGCCGCAGAAAGCACCAAUCUGGUGUUGGAGGAGGAGAAGGACUCCCUCCAAGAAGAGCUGAAAAGAGCCGAGGUCCAAAACCAGAUCUAUGAAAGGACCAUCUCUGAUAUGACUGAAGAACACCAUGUGUUGAUCCUUGAGACACAGGUAGCAGCCCAGGACCUGGAGAGCGGCAGGAUCUCCCUCCAAAAAGAUCUCCAGACAGCCGAGGCCAACAACAACGACCAACUGGAGGCCAUAGCAGCUCUGACUCAGACGAUGAAUCAGAAGCUACUGGAGCUAGAGGGAGCACACCUGGACCUGGACCAGAAGACCGCUACCAUCGAGGAACAGAACAUCAUGUUUGAAGAUAUCAGACGAGAGAAGGAGGCUGAGGAAAACAACAAGCUCCCGUUGGAGCAGGAGGAUACCUCCCUUCUUCAGGCCACAGAGAUCCUCCAGCAGCCCGAGAUCUCCAACCGCCCGCGGGGGAAAAAAUGGUACCAAAAGAUGAACCCAUUCCACAAACAUCAACGAAAGACAAAAGGCUAGAGACAACAGGAGCCACAAGAGACACUGGAGACAACAAGAGACAAUAAGAGACAACAAGAGACACAAGAGACAACAAGAGACACAGGCCACAAUAAUGGACAAAAGAGAGAAGACACAAGCGACAAUAGAACUAUGUUGCUGCAUGUCUUGGCUAGGUUGCCCUUAAAAACAAAGGGGCUCACCUGGUUAAUAAGGCGUCUGAAGGCGUCUCCGGCAGACGAAUGCUGGCCUAUCAACGUCUUCUCUCCUUCUCUGGCUCUAUCUCUGCAGCCAGAAGAUCAUUUAACAGAACCAAAAUUCAAUCUUUCUCACCACAAACAACUCUUUAUC